GGAUGAUGUAAAACGGCGUCGUAUUUGGCGUCUCUGGGUGGGUGGGUUGUGAAAACGAUCACCGCCUUCUCUACCAUUGGCGCAUCCUCAGCAGCAGGAGUCUCUCGCUCGUUCGCUCAAGCGUUUAGGCUUAGUUCUCUGCGUGUUCCAUUCUUCUCUCAAAAAUCGCAUAGCUAAGACCAUUUUCCAACAGCAUCGUUAAGAUGUCAAUGAUUACUGCAACUGCAAGCUCUGUUAUCAGUCCGCCUCUAUUACCACCAGUGGGAUUUAAGCGACGAAGUAAGCUUGUGGAAUCUGAUUUAGGAAGAGUCUGCUACCGGUUUCAACCAUUGGCUACAAAAUGUUUACAAGUUAAGAGUGAUAAGUUAGGACCAGUUCAGCCUGGGACAAAGUUAAUGUUUACAAAGACAAGUAAAUCAGCCAUGCUUUCUACUCGAAGGCAGUCUAGUUCUGUCAUAUGUGCUGCUGCUUAUAGUGCUCGAUGUUCUGCGGAGCAAACCCAAACAGUUACACGGCAAGCUCCAACCAUGACUCACAUGCCAACAAAGGAGAAGUUGCCGGAUCUCGAUGAUGGUGGGACUGGAUUUCCACCACGUGAUGAUGGUGAUGGCGGAGGUGGGGGUGGCGGCGGUGGAGGCAACUGGUCUGGUGGUUUCUUCUUUUUCGGUUUUCUUCUUUUCCUCGGCUUUUUGAAGGAUAAAGAGAGUGAGGGACCAUAUCAAGAAGACAGGAGACGAUGAGGGAGAUUUUGUUAUUUUUGUGGAUAUUUCUAGCUCAAGCUCAAGUGCUACUUCAGCUUUAUUGUAUCUGUACCGAUGGAUAGCUUAGGCUUAUAAAUUAUCGGUACAAGUUUUGGGGGUGUCGAUCUUGUCUAGUUAUUAUUCUAUGCACUUUCCAUCUUGAAGACUUGAACUAUAUAUAGCCUUGAAAUAAUUACUAUUUUUUUGGCACUUGUUCCAACUAUCAAUAGUUAAAUGCUAUUCCAUUUAAAUUGGUCUA